CUCGUCCAAUCACAGCUGCCCUUACUGCCGGGUGGGCCGAGCUGCCGGCCUGCACGCCCAGCUGAUCCGAGGCUCGGCCAUGUCAGCUCCAGAUUCAGGCAGUGGCCCUCCUCCUGGGCAGCCGGCUCCCUUUCCUCCUGCCCCGCCACCGCCGCCAAUUCUGCCUCCUCCCUUUAUGCCUCCUCCUGGGAUCCCGCCACCAUUCCCCCCAAUGGGACUUCCCCCGAUGGGACCACGCCCACCCCCUAUGCCACCCAUGCCUCCCGGCAUGAUGCCGCCUCCCCCCUUGAUCCCGCCCAUGCCUGGACCACCACCCUUGGGACAGAUGCCUACAAUUGUGCCACCAAUGCUGCCUGGGAUGAUGAUGCCUGGAGUACCAGCUGGCCCGGUUCCUGUCUCUGCAGGGGCAGCUCCUGUGACAGACCCAUCCAGUGCCACUGUUACCCAGGCAGCACCGGUGAUCCCGAACCCAUUGACGGGUGCCAUGCAUCAGAAUGUGAUUGUUGGUGGCUCCUCAGUAUCGGAUGCAGGCCGGAAGAAACCUGCGUGGAGUGAGCACAGAGCUCCUGAUGGGCGUGUUUAUUACUACAAUUCUGAAACCAAACAGUCCAGUUGGGAAAAACCAGAUGAGCUGAAGUCCAAGGCAGAGCUUUUGUUGUCGAGAUGCCCCUGGCGGGAGUAUCGCUCAGAGACUGGGAAGCCCUAUUACUACAACACCCAGAGCAAAGAGUCGCGCUGGACCCGCCCGCGGGAACUUGAUGACAUUGAGGCACUGAUCAAGGAAGAAGAAGAGGAUGCAGAGAAGCAGCAGCAGCCUCAGCAACCAGAGACUCCGUUAUCAGACCCCGCUAGUCCCAAUCCAUCAUCUGCAGCCACCUCCGAUACAGAAGGCACCCCUGCAGGUGAAGGACAGGAGACACCUGCCACCACAGAGGGGGUUCCUGGUGCAGCUGAAGAGGAGAUCACAAGCAGUGGUGAUCCUGUCCGGAAAGAAGAGGAAGAGCGUGUCACUGCUAAUGCCUGGAGCAACAAGGAAGAAGCUAAACAAGCAUUUAAGGAGCUGCUGAAGGACAAGGGUGUCCCAGCAAGUGCGUCCUGGGAGCAGGCCAUGAGGCUCGUUAGCAACGACCCACGGUUCAGUGCUUUGCCUAAGCUGAGUGAGAAGAAGCAGGCCUUUAAUGCCUACAAGGCCCAGCGGGACAAAGAGGAAAAGGAAGAGGCCCGCCUCCGGGCCAAGGAAGCCAAGGAGGAGCUGCAGCGUUUCCUGGAGCAGCACAACAAGAUGAACUCCACCACACGCUACAGGAAAGCUGAGCAGAUGUUUGGGGAGCUGGAAGUCUGGGCUGUGGUGCCUGAGCAUGACCGCAAAGAGAUCUAUGAUGAUGUCCUUUUUUUCCUAGCCAAAAAGGAGAAGGAGCAUGCCAAGCAGCUGCGGAAGAGGAACAUCCAGGCUCUGAAGAGCAUCCUGGACAGCAUGAGCCGGGUCAGCUUCCAGACCACCUGGUCCGAGGCCCAGCAGUACCUGAUGGACAACCCCAGCUUUGCCGAGGAUGAGGAUCUGCAAAACAUGGACAAGGAGGAUGCUUUGAUCUGCUUUGAGGAGCACAUUCGGACGCUGGAAAGAGAGGAGGAGGAGGAGCGCGAGCGUGGCCGACUACGGGAGAGGCGCCAGCAGCGCAAGAACCGGGAGGCCUUCCAGGCCUUCUUGGACGAGCUUCAUGAAAGCGGGCGCCUGCACUCCAUGUCCACUUGGAUGGAGCUGUACCCCUCCCUCAGCACUGACAGACGGUUUGCCAACAUGUUGGGCCAGCCUGGCUCCACCCCAUUGGACCUCUUCAAGUUCUAUGUGGAAGACCUCAAGGCCCGCUUCCAUGAUGAAAAGAAGAUCAUCAAGGAUAUCCUGAAGGAUCGGAGUUUCAGCGUGGAAGUCAAGACCACUUUUGAGGAUUUUGCUCAUGUUAUCAGUUUCGAUAAGCGUGCGGCCACCCUGGAUGCUGGCAACAUUAAGCUGACCUUCAACAGUCUGCUGGAGAAGGCCGAGGCACGGGAGCGCGAGCGGGAGAAGGAAGAAACCCGCAAGAUGCGGCGCAAGGAGGCUGCGUUCAAGGGCAUGUUGAGGCAGGCAGCUCCCCCACUGGAACCCACCACCACCUGGGAUGAGGUCCGAGAGCGGUUUGUCAACAACAUUGCUUUUGAGCAGAUCACGCUGGAGUCGGAGCGGAUCCGCCUCUUCCGUGAGUUCGUGCAACUGCUGGAGACGGAGUGCCAGCACUUCCACGCCAAGGCCAAGAAACACACCAAGAAGCCCAAGAAGCACCAUCGCAAGCGCUCUGCCUCGGGCUCAGAGUCUGGCUCGGAUCAUGCCCAUCGCCCAGCCAAGCGCAAGAAACGGAACCAUUCGGAAUCAGCUGGUUCAGGGGCAUCUUCAUCACCUGAUUCAGAACACAGCACCAGACGCUCCAAGAGGCAGAAGAAGAAAAACAAGAAGAAAAGGCACAAAUCGAACAGCCCUGAAAGCGAAGGUGAGCACAAGAAGGAGCCGAGCCGACCUGAGGAGUGGGAGCGAGAGAAGGCCCCCCCGCGGCCUGAGGGAAGAGGCCACUCCCCUCCCCGGGGCACCAGGAGGGAGCGGGCCCUGCCUUCCUUUGGCUCAACAGUGUCCAAGCCAAGGGCGUACAGCGCUCUGGUGGAAACCUUCACAGCCAGGCGGCCGCCACCCCUUCAGAGGCUCCCCCGCUUGUUGAGUCGGGAGCAGGACUGGCCCCUUCAGGGAGAAGAUUCUCACUGACGUCUCCUCUCUGCACGGAGCACCUGGGUGGCGAAAAGAAAUUGUACAUCGGCUCCGGAACCACGCAGCAUCUUCAGAACUCAGCUCCAGCCUGGGGAUCCAUCCAGAAGUGGGUUUGGGGAAACAGCGACCUCGGACAGGAGGAAAUGGCAUCUCUUCUCAGCACUCAAUGAGGCGACAUCAGCUCAGAGCCUCCUUGACCUAGGACUCAAGAUGGCAGGGACCAGCUAGUUUUCAGCAUGAAUCUUGCCCAGUCAACAUGGUUUGGAGACAGGGCAGGGCUUGGGCAGUGAUUCUCUUCUCAAAAGAUUCUCACCGUGACUGUAUCUUCCUUCCAGGUUGCAAAUUCCUUUGUUGUGUUGAGGAUUCAAUGAGAUUUUUAAAAUAAUAUUUAUAAUAAACCUGGACUGGAAAUAUAA